AUGACAACAUUCCGUUUAGCAACAAUCAAUGUACAUUCUUUUGAAAGAUCUCCUAGUAUGUCAAGUAAUAUUUCUGAAUUAAUAUCAAUUCUUGAACCAUUCAAUCUCGAUAUAAUCGCCGUUCAAGAAAUUCAAAAUAAUGAUAAAUGGAAAGAAUUUUCUCAACGUCUUUCUUUACCUUUUUCUGUAUAUGGACCAUCUAAUGCAACUUUUUGUAAUGGUAUUGCUUCUCGAUAUCCAAUUCGAUGUUAUUCUGUUCAGGAAACAAGUUUUUGUUGUGUGGGUGGUUUUAGAUCUAUACUUCAAUGUUGUUUAGAUGCUAUUGAAAAUGUAACAUUUGCUGUAACACAUUUAGAUUAUUUAGAUGAAGAUUAUCGAUUAAAACAAAUUAAAGAAUUUAAUCCAUAUGAACAUAAUAUUGAUAUACUAAUGGGUGAUAUGAAUGCAUUGACAAGAGAAGAUUAUUCAGAUGAUUAUUAUCGUAAUAUUGUUGUUGAAAGACGUGAAAAAUCUAAUUGGGAAAAACCUCGUUUUGAUUUAACUCAAUUAAUAACACAUGAAUCGAAUUAUCAAGAUGCUUUUAAAAAGAUAAAUCCAACAUUGAAGAAUGAACAAGUAGCAACAUGUCCAUAUGGAACACGAAUUGAUUAUAUUUAUAUACAUCCUCGUAUUAAUCAUCAUUGGAAUUUGACCAAAUGUUCGAUUAUUGACACAGAAGGAGCGACCGAUCAUAAUGCUGUUUUCGCUGAAUUUGAAAAAAUAUCAAAAUAA